AUGACCAGCGUGAGUACGGCAGGCCCUAUUGGCAUCAACCAUUUCGCCUACCCCUCCGCGGACGGCACACCCAUCAUGCAUGCUGGAAGAAAAUCCCCAUUUCUGCCGUGGCCUGACAUCGGACACUUAACAAAGUGGUCCGUGUCUUCGUACAAGUUUGGCUUCGGCCCGGAAUGUCUGCGUGAUGACGAUCCAGACACGUUCUGCAAUGGACCCCCAACUGCACUUCACCACGGUCGAAUUUCCUCGCAAAGUAGCCAUCCAAGUGCGGAACUCUCCAGGUCCGCGAACAACCCGACCAUCGCUGUGCUUGCCGGAACUGGGCUCCAUGAUCUGCAAGACGUGCAAGCCAUCCAUCUGGACAAGCCUGACGGUUGGACCACGUUCGACGCGUCUGCCGAGCCGAGCCCUGACGGUGCCAACGGUCUGUCCGUCCGACUCGCGAUAUGCGGAUCAGACAAUCGCGUGCUCAUCUGUGGGCCGGUAUACCAGUAA